AUGAAUAAGUUAGUAUUUUUAUGUUUACUAUCGUUCGGACCAUUAAUGAGUUAUUCGGCCGAACCUUCUCGUCUGUCUGUCUUCUGGAUUGUUUUAGUUUUGUCCACUAAGCCUCCUCACAACAAUGAAUCUUUGAUGAACAAAACAGUAUGGGAGUCUAAGAUUUCUGAAGCACUUAAAAGUACCAAAAUAUCGUAUUCGGAAUACUUCAGUCUGGUUGAAGCUGAAAACAGGUCUGUCGUGGUUGAUUACAUAGAGAGAGACGAAUCUCGAUCAUAUUUGAAGAUAUUUUUCUACGUACAGCAGAAUAAUCUCUUCCAACCUUCUCCUUCUAUUGUUUACCAGCUCAAUCAAAUGCCGGUGGACUGGUUAGCAGUUUACUUGGGAAUGCCAGUCAUAGAAAGACCUAAAGUUUACGAUAUAGGCGCUUAUGAAAAGGAAGAUGAUUUUAUAUGGAUCAUUGGAAUAAUUGCUAUUUGUUUUCUUGGAAUAUUGCUGAUUUGUUGGUGCUUUAUAUUUCUAUACACAUUUGUUCUACAAGCCACUGCUAUGGUUAAAUGGUUACCUAGACCAAUGUUUAGCAAUUCUAAACAAAUAUUUUACAAAGCAGAGAAAUCACAGAGAGAAUUUGAAGAAAAGAAAGAUUCACAAAUACAAACCGAUGAUUUAGAAUGUUCGCAGUCAAAAAUAAGCAAAACUGAAAACUCAAUAUGUGAUGCAACAGUGUUGGAUUCCAAUUUCUCGGAAGCUCGACUUUCAACGGUUUCAGAAAUAAGUUUAGAAGAAUCAGUCAACCCCACUGUAAGUGAAUUAAAUGAAUCUGUUGUACCCUUGUCUGAAACACAAAUUCUAUUAUCGGAUGAAGAAGAUGGUAUUAUAAAUCAACAGUUGAAUGAAAUCAAAGUUAGUACGAAGGAUUCAAAAAAUGAAGUGAUUGAAGAAAAUGAAGGUGAUUUGCUACAGGCAUCUGAAAUUGAUAAAACGCUUACUUUUGGAUCGUUCGAUAAUGUAAUACCUUUUGUGAUGUCUGUUCCACCACGUCCAGAAGCGAUAAAAUUAGCAAAUUUAUUAAACUCUCAGAAAAUAACAAAAACAUAA